ACCCAUCGCAACACUGCCAUUACAAAGCCCAUAAGAUUCUCCAUCUUCUGCUCAGUGUUGUCCACCGAGCCAAAUGGCUUUCUGCGCUUCUGCUCCGUCCUUCUGCAGUCUCAUCGGUGCCCAUCGGUGGACGUCGCCGUCCAAGGCUUCACCACGUCCAUGCUUCCGACCACAUAUCCGGUGUGCUGCGCAGACUCCUCCUCGGCGAUCGGCUAAUUACCAGCCAAGCUCGUGGAGUGACGAAUACAUCCAAUCGCUAAGAAAUGACACCAAGGUGGAGGAGGAUAACGCAACAAGGAUGGGAAAACUGACGGAGGACGUGAAACAACUGAUCUACAUGAAGAAGGGAAUGGAGGAGCAGCUUAAACUGAUCGAUCACCUGCAGCUGCUUGGGGUGGCGUAUCACUUUAAGGAGGAUAUUAAGGAUGCUUUCGGGACUAUAUACGGUUCCGUGGAAAAGGUGAACAUGUUGCUGAAGGAUAAUCUUCAUGCCACGUCUCUUAUGUUCAGGCUUCUAAGAGAACAUGGGUUUGAUGUUUCUGAAGGUGUAUUCUACCGAUUUAUGGAUGAGAAGGGAAACUUGAAAGCCAGCCUUCGCCACCAGACUGAAGGAUUGGUGAGCUUGUACGAGGCUUCCCAUCUUGCAAAGGAAGGAGAGCAAGUGCUGGAAGAAGCUAAGAACUUCACAACUAAACAGCUCAAGAGCCUCAUGGAGGGAUCACUUGAGCCUCAUCUCAGGGAGCACGUAGCCCAUGCCUUGGAGCUUCCAUUGAACUGGAGGAUGCCGAGGUUACAGACCAGGUGGUUUAUAGAAGCAUGCCAAAGGGAAGCUAACAUAAACCCUGUCCUACUUGAAUUGGCUAAGUUGGACUUCAACAGAGUUCAGAGCAUACAGCAGAGGGAACUCAGAGAAGUGUCGAGGUAUUUUGAGCUUGCUUUACUUGAAUCAUGUCAUGUACAUUCUGCCCUCGUGCAAACUUCAGCACAAACUUCUGGCUGUCGAUCAGAUGGUGGAGCAAUCUUGGCCUGGCGCAGAGGCUUCCAUUUUCGAGCAAUCUUGGCCUGGAGAAGGGUUACAUGAGAGCCGUUUAUCGGGGUUAGAUGUCAUGGAUUAAAAUAAACCAUAUUCAAGGUCUCAAUUAAUAGCAUGAAAGAGGCGAUAUGCCCAAAUCUAUCCAGUGUCACAUGCAUGAGAGCGGUUUAUCGGAGUACGCAGCUCGUGACCAUAUCAGGCAAUUGAUUAGAGAGAAUCGGAGAGCAAUAAACGGAGAUCGAAGUUUCACUUCUGGUUUCGAGGAAAACCUGAAAAUGAUGGCCAUCAAUAUCCCUCGAAUGGCCCAAUGCAUGUACCACUACGGAGAUAGACAUGAGAAAUCCGAUCAAGUGAUUGAGGAUCGCAUCAGGUCUUUAAUAAUUGAACCUAUACUUUUGUAACAAUGGAAUUAAGAAUAAUAUCGUGAAGCUAUAAGUCUCCUCGUGAUUUGUCCAA